AGCCGUACGUGCAGACCCGCAUCUUCAAGAUCAUCGUGAUCGGAGACUCGAACGUGGGCAAGACGUGCCUGACCUUCCGCUUCUGCGGGGGCACCUUCCCCGACAAGACCGAGGCCACCAUCGGCGUGGACUUCCGCGAGAAGACGGUGGAGAUCGAGGGGGAGCGCAUCAAGGUGCAAGUGUGGGACACGGCUGGCCAGGAGAGGUUUCGGAAGAGCAUGGUAGAGCAUUACUACCGCAAUGUGCAUGCCGUCGUCUUCGUCUAUGAUGUCACAAAGAUGACCUCCUUCACCAACCUCAAGACUUGGAUCGAGGAGUGCAAUGGGCAUGCAGUGCCCCCCCUGGUCCCCAGGGUGCUUGUUGGGAACAAGUGUGACUUGAAAGACCUGAUCCAAGUGCCAUCCAGCAUGGCCCUGAAGUUCGCCGACGCUCACAACAUGCUUUUGUUUGAGACCUCGGCCAAGGACCCUAAGGAGAGCCAGAACGUGGAUGCCAUUUUCAUGUGCCUGGCCUGCCGGCUGAAGGCGCAGCGCUCGCUGCUCUGCCGGGACCUGGAGGGGCGGCCGGGCCAGCCCCGCAGGCUGGAGCCAACGCACGAUGCCAACGGUAAAAACUCCUGCCCGUGCUGAGCAGGGCCCGCAACCGCCCUCUGUCACGGUCACCCCAAUAAAGUCUCUGCGGUUCCAGCCAGCUCUGGGUGUUGCU